AUGGGCGGUGAAAAUUUAAUGCGUUUGAGGAACGAACUGGAAACAUUCCUACUGCGCGAGCUCUACCACUCCUGUGCUGAUAAUUGCUGUUGCAUAGAAAACCUAAACAAUCUCAUUACCCAUGGACUUUCAUUAUGUAGAAAUGACGAUAAUAGAUUGCAAUUUCUCUCAAAAAUUUACAAAUCAGGCAGUCCUGGUGCCCUUGUUGAUGAAUUUACCACCAAGGAGAAUCUAACUGUCCUUAUUGAGUUGCUUAAAGCUUUCUCAAGUUAUCCUUCACGAAGAUCGUCGGUUAUUUUUGGUCUGUUAUCAGUGUUAUCAAAUGAAGAUUUUAUCCUCAUGGCAUAUCGUUUAUUAGACGAAAUUUCUAUUCAAAAUAGAAGUGAGGAUCCAUUCGUUGCUCUACUUGUAAGCUUCUCUUUUCGUCAGUGGACAAACCGUAUAUCCAAAUGCCAAAAUAAAGCCCUUAUAGAGGAACUUUUUGAACAUAAUAAAUUGGUGCCCAUCUUCGAGUUCAUCUACCACAAACAAGGAGACCCGAUCGAUGCGCUUAAGGAAGCUGUUAUGAAUACAUAUGAACUGUUACUCAGCCUGUAUCACAGAUACGCAAUCGAUGACGGUGAAUCGAUUUAUCAGUCAAUCGUCUUUCACCAUCUGCUAAGCCGAAUUGUUAGCCAACCCAUCUGGAUGCGAAACACUCUUCUGCUGAUCCAGAAAUUCUUCUCAACUGCAUUCAGGGAGGUUAAGGACAUGACAAGCUCGAGGGCUAUUGAAUGGUUACUCUCUGUUGGAUUUCCUCUAACCGCGCCACCUCCAGUUGAUACAUCAAACAUCCAGAGCUCUGAAAUGCAGACAUUUUUUCUCGCCUGUACACUUAUUGGCGCUGCUGGGGAUGUUGCUCUUGCUCAGUCUGCAGGCGAACUCUAUGCUCUCUUUGCUAAUCAUUUUUCCCCAGUUGAAAAUGAUGGCCUAAACGCAUGGUGCUUUGCUCUUGUAUCGCUGACCAAUCAAAUUCAAGGAGUCUCUCGCGCCUUCCUGGAUAAAGUGUUCAAUCUGUCUCCCUUGGUCCCUUCCAUGCUAAUUGAAACAUUUUCAUUAUGCUUCACCGAAUGUGGUUUGCCCACUCUUCUUCAUGCUUAUCGAUAUCGACUUACUAAAAAGGGUCUCAAACGAUCUCCCAUCGUUCUUCCCAAUCUUGCACUCAUAUCCCGUGCCUUUCGAAGUCAGGAUUAUCAGCUCAACCAACAAUCUGUCGCUGUAAUUGAACUUCUUCUUUGUCAAGCCAAUCCCAAUAGUUACGGUGAACUUAUCAAUCUCUUUAUUGAAGUUGUCGAUAUCGGUGUCUGUUGGUUUGACCAGGGUGCCCGGAGUCGAAUGUCCGUCAUGAUCACCAGGGUGAUGGAGAACUUCCUAUCAUUACUUGGUCAAGAAAAAGACUUGGUGAAACGAGGGGAACUUAUUCGCAAAUUGAAUGAAAUAUUCGGUCGUAUUGCUUCAGCUAUAUUAUCUCACCUUCAUACUGGCGGCGUUCCAACACGUACAACAAACGCUCUGGCCUUCCUCGUUGCGUUUAUUGAUGUUUUACGACGCAGUGGUGUUGAAAAAGGUCUACCGGAACCGCUUAAACUCCUCACUGACACUGUAAAGCUUACCUUCAUGCUUGAUGGUAGUGACGACUGCUUUGAAGUUCUUCUAACUUCUCUCUUCUCUGGGCUUUGGAGCGGUUUCUCCGAGGACAGGGAGAAUGCUCAUAAACUCAUCCAAUGGCUAGAUCUACUGAAGUAUAUGAAGUCGGACUGUCUUUUAAGAAUUUGGCGAUUAUCUUUAACUGAAGUGGCAUCAAGUCCCAGACCCGAUAUAAACGUGGUUGGAGGUCAUCUAGUCCGUUCUCUCCUGACGGCUCCAUCUCCGUCGAACUCCAUAUCUCCGACUUUAGCUAUAGACCGACUCCUUGGUGUGUCUGAGCCUCGUUUUCGAGCUGUGGCCACUGCUCACUUUCUUUUGGACACUCUUGAUGCUCAACUCAGAGUUGCUGAAGCCGGAAAGGGAGGUUUAUUAGUCGUUUCAGUUACUGGACCAUUCUAUCCUCUUCUUAAUAUUUUGCGGACCCUCCUUCAUGAUCCAGAAUGUUGCUUGUCUUCUGAGUGGUUCUUUAAAAACCCUUCUUUGGACUUUCUGCCGAAUACGUCAAUAUUCGAGAGGAUAGUGGCGAUUGCGUCUCGUGUUGCUCGAAUAUGCUCUUUUGUGAUUUUUCAUUCCUCCCCCGAGGGAAUACUCUUGAUGGUCGAUGAAGAUGGUGAACGCACAAAGAUUAUUCCAAGUGGCGCUGGCGAAGAGGAUCAAUGGCAAAAAUUGGAGGACUUUGCAGACCUUCUAGGGACUUCAAGAGAAUGCUCGCAAACCGAUACUGAGAACGAGGCAGUGAAAGCUCUUCGAAGAGUAGUUGAACGGCCAGAACAUUUGGUGGUGAAUUGCUGGCGUUCGAUUCGAGAGGUUGCACUUCUCUUGGGGGGUAACCUUACUCGAGAGGCUCUUUUGACUAAUCCAGAAAACCCUACAAUUACUAUUGAGCAGGUGAACCUUCUUUAA